AUGGCCAACAUCGUUACAUCGACAGCUGCAAAGCUGCACAUCUCCCCGACCCUUGGGAUCAACGAGCUUGUCCUCAAGACACGCGCGGAGGGCAAGCAUGUUGUGCACCUGGGCUUUGGCGAGGCUACAUUUCCCAUCCAGAAAGAUGUUCUACAGAUUCACAAAGACGGUUCCAAUACGGCAAGUUACAUGCCGGUGGCCGGAACGCAGGAACUGCGGAAGGUUUGUGAUUCAAUAUCUGCUGCGCUUCGGGAAUAUAUCAGACUAACGAGGAUAAAGGCAAUCGCGGAUUUCAACGCCGAGAGACUGGGAGUUUCGAUUAGCCCAGAGCAGGUGGUUGUCGCUCCUGGCUCUAAGCCCCUUCUGUUUGCGCUGUUCGACAUCCUGCAGGGCGAUGUGCUUCUUCCUCGUCCAUCAUGGGUUAGCUACGAACCGCAGGUGCUCCAUGCCGGAAAGAAGCUCUUCUGGGUUGAGACGGACCCUCACGACCGGCAUUCUAUCACUGAGACUUCUCUAACGGCUGCAUAUGAAAAGGCCAUUUCCGAGGGUGCAGACCCCCGGACUAUGCUGGUGAACAGCCCGUCAAACCCCACGGGACAUGUCUUCUCAGCGGAAUGCGUCCAGAUCAUCAAAUCCUUCUGUAGGUCGAAGGGUAUUGUGUUGAUAACCGAUGAGAUUUAUUCGGACAUCUGCUUCGAUGAAUCCCAAAAGACCGUCAGCGCUUUCGACAGCAGUCCUGAUGCGUCUGAGACCGUCAUCCUGACCGGUGGCUUGUCCAAGGUAUGA